GUCGAAACAGACCCCACCCACGCGUCCGCGAACCAGAGUCCGAGUCCGAGCCAGAGAAGGAGAAACGCAUCGGCUCAGGCUCGGAAGAAGAGGACAAAUCGCUACCCCUUGCAGAACUCCUCGAGCUCCGGCGGCUCCGGAAGCAGAGACAGGGCAUUGACGCGAGUAAUCUAUUCAAGGGCGAUGGUAAGAAGAAGAAGAAGCGAGUGGCAGAGGAGGAAGGGGAAGAGGAUAAGGGCGGGCUCAAACUCGGUGUGAGGCAGGAGGAGGACGCCGGAGAUGAAAGACGCAGCCGCUCAGGCUAGACGUGCCGUUCGAACGAGCAACUUCACGCAGCAGACCAACACGCUUGAUGUCGACAAGCACAUGAUGGAAUACAUAGAAGAGAACAUCAAGAAAAUGCGUAAUGCCCCCGACUUGUCCGAGGACAUACCAGCCGACGCCUCCGAGAGCGAGCACAAGUCCGACAAGUGGAACAUCGAGAAGAAGCUCGCAGAGGAAGGCAGCGUUACGAACAGCAUGGCCAUGCUGACAGCUAUACCAGAGGUGGACCUCGGCAUGGACGCUCGGCUAAAGAACAUUGAGGAGACCGAGAAGGCGAAGCGUAUCCACGCAGAGGAACGUAAAGAGAAGAAGAGGGUGUACAACGACGAGGAACACCUCGCCGCGAAUCGAUUCUUUCGUCCUAACCUCAGGCAAAAGACGGACGCCGAGAUCAUGCGCGACGCACAGCGCGAGGCAAUGGGUCUCCCUCCCAUCCAGGAGCGCCAGCGGAAUUACGAAAGGCCGCAGAUGUCCACGGACGAAGCGGUCAUGGAGCGCUUCAAGAAACGUAUGCGCAAAUAGCUCUCACCAAAUACCCCUCAGAGAAGCAUGUGCGUUCACCAAGGGGAGGCAACGGCAGUGUUUUGUUGUAGACUGCAUCAGUAAAACCGACAAAUACUUGUGGACCUUGCGGGUCUUUUCGUGCCCUGCCGGCCUGUCGCAAGGUAACAAUUUUGACAAGGCAAAACAAGUUAUACAAGGUGGAGGUACUAGUACAGUAUAUAAUACAUAGGCUACUCGUCUCCUUGUAAAAACUCGUGCGAAUGAUGAUCAACAUAACGAUUAAC